CUGGGACAAGGACUUGCCAGAGGAAAUGAAGAAAAGGUGGAUCGAUUAUUACACCGAACUUCCACAGCUGAACACUCUUCGAAUCGAACGGUUCGUCGUGCUUCGUGAUGCAACAUCUCUAGAACUCCAUUUUUUCUCCGAUGCAUCAAUCGCUGCCUACGGAUCGUGUGUCUACAUACGGUCUUCAAACUCGUCAGGCGAUGUUAAGGUUUCGCUUUUAACGUCUCGCUCAAAGGUCGCUCUACUGAAGCAGCAGAGUAUUCCGCGACUGGAACUCUGCGGCGCUCUGUUAUCUGCCGAACUGUAUGAAAAAGUAUCUACAGCCCUGCGUAUUAUCUCGAAGGCAUACUUUUGGGUGGAUUCGACCACCGUUUUGAGUUGGCUCAAGGGUACGCCGUCAACCUGGUCGACGUUCGUCGGGAAUCGAGUCUCAAAGAUUCAACAUAGAACACAAAACUGUGAAUGGAAUCAUGUAGCGGGUCGUGAAAACCCCGCUGAUAUCAUCUCAAGAGGACUUCCAGCAGCAGAUUUAGUUCGAUGUGAAAAGUGGUGGCAAGGACCUCCUUGGUUGCAAAAUCAGAAGGACUCCUGGAGAAUUCCCAUUGACGACUCAGUAGAUCAGGAAGCAGUCAAAGAAGCGAGAAAGACGUCACAUGCAGCUACUCCUUCUUCACCAACUUUUGCUGAAGACUACGUAAGCCGAUUCUCCAGGUACCAGCAAAUGCUUCGCAUAACUGCCUAUUGGCGACGCUAUUUUGCCAAUUUACGGCGGUCAAGAUCGCAGCGAGUUUCCUUUUCAUCACUGACCACCACGGAACUCCGGGAAGCCGAACUAGCCUUAGUGCGGCUGGUUCAAAAUGAUGCGUUUUCUGCAGAGCUAAACGCAGUGCAAGCACAGCGAAUGGUUUCGUCAAACUCACCGCUCCGAUGGUUCAAUCCGAUAAUCGAUCCCCAUGGAAUCCUUCGCAUCGGCGGGCGGAUCAGUCGUUCCAUGGAACCGUAUGGUUCUCAGCACCAAAUUCUGCUCCCAGGAUCGCAUCCGUUUUCUACGCUCCUCGUUCGUUGUCAACAUGAACGACUCUUGCACGCAGCAACACAGCUCCUUACGAAUACUCUUCGACUACGUUUUUGGAUUCUGGGAGGAAGAAAUGCCACACGUCGUGUUGUGCAUGGCUGCGUAAAAUGCUAUCGCGCAAAACCGAAAUCCGUUGAGCAGUUCAUGGCGGAACUUCCAGCGCAACGAGUCACCGCUUCCCGUCCGUUUUCGGUCGUGGGAAUAGACUUCUGGGGACCAAUCUACCUCAAGCCUCGUCACCGCAGAGAUUCUCCUCCCAAGGCUUAUGUCGCUGUAUUUGUGUGCUUCAGCACAAAAGCCGUCCAUCUGGAGCUCGUCACAGACUUGAGCACGGCCAAAUUUAUGCAAGCCUUUCGCCGCUUCGUUUCUCGCCGAGGACUGUGCUCUGAGAUCUUCUCCGAUAACGGCAAAAACUUCGUCGGUGCAGCUAACGAAAUUCGAAAACUAUUACGAUCAGAGUCGUUCCGACAUUCGUUUGCCAAUGAAUGUUCCAGCAAAGGAAUUCGUUGGCAUUUCAAUCCGCCACGCGGGUCCCACUUUGGAGGAUUGUGGGAAGCGGCAAUCAACUCGGCCCAAAAACACUUCGUCCGAGUUCUUGGAGAUCGCAAAUCACCUUUCGACGAAAUGGAAACACUUCUUGUCCAAAUAGAGGCCUGUCUCAACUCACGCCCUUUAACAAAGCUCUCCGAUGAUCCGUCGGACCUCCAGGCUCUUACUCCAGGAUAUUUUCUGGUUGGAUCUGCACUCCAAGCCGUUCCGGACGUCGAUUACGAGUCGAUUCCGUCGAAUCGACUGCACUGUUGGCAACAACUGCAGAAAAUGCUACAAGAUGUUUGGAAGCGCUGGCAUGUGGAGUACCUGCAGUCAUUGCAGCCUCGAAGUAAGUGGCUGAAAGAACCGGUUCAGUUGCAAGAGAAUCAGCUAGUCGCGAUCGUUGACGAGAACCAGCCGCCGAUGCGCUGGCCCACCGCUCGUAUUCACAAACUCCACCCAGGGAAGGACGGUGUAGUACGAGUUGUUACCCUACAGACUGCGUCGGGAUUACUCACUCGACCCACUGCGAAGAUCUGCGUUCUACCCAUAACCCCUACCUGUAGCAAAGAACAAAUGUCAUCAGCGGUGCAGCAACCGCUGUCGGGCUAGAGGUUUCCAAAAGGAUCAACCUGGCCAUUCUUCAGGCAGAUCCAUCACGCGAUGCCGGAAUACCAAUAAUUCAAGGCCCUUUGUCUGAAGGGUCCAGGUAAGGACCUUUCCAAUCUACUCUACCAUUUAGAAGCCGGCUACCGGGUCUUAUUAUUAUUCCAUGUUCAACGAGUUCAACGUCAACUACGAAGUCUGGGUCGAAUUUCAACGAAAUAUUCACUACGAGCAGCGCCACUGGCUGCAAACAACUACAACGUUUGGAGACUUCAACCGGGGGCAGCAGUAAAUGGAGGAAUGCAUACGCAAUACAAGGCUCUCUAUCUAGAGGGUCCAGCGCUACAAUACUUCACCAAUACGGAGCUGCAGAAAUGGCUAUUUCUGCCGGGGGCAGGAUGUUCGGUAUCAAGCGGAACGAAAUCACCUUUCUAUUCGGGUAGCCACUAUCGAUGACCACUGCACUGGUCACUCACCGCUCUCCACGAUAACAGCUACCACUACAUCACCUCCAUCGAUCUCGAUGAGCAAAGAGGAUUGGCACCAUCGAUCGGUUCGACUGGAGAUCAGUGCAAUUUCUACCUUCUAACGGGCACCAUGACCGUAGGAUCGCGCGCGGCCGAUCUACGUUGCUGUUUCAAUCUGUUGUGUUUACGUGUUAGUUUAAGAAAAUUAUAGUUUAAGAAGAAUAAAUAGUUAAGUGCAUGUAGUUUUUAAUUCAAAUAAAUCUUGUUGUUUUGUGGACUUUUGCUAAUGUGUAAAAGAAGAAACUAUUGUGGUACUACAUAAGACUCCUUGGUGCAAAUGCAUGGAUGUGAAAUAGCAUCUAAAAGAACACUACAAUCGAUCUAAGACCAUAGGCUGGUCCACAAUUUCCACGGGUCGACU